AUGUCCUCUGGGAAGCCUCUCCUCGUCGUGCUUGGAGCCACAGGCAACCAAGGAGGCUCCGUGGUGGUCCAUUUCCUUUCCCAGUCACCACCGCCAUACGCCAUCCGGGCCGUCACUCGAAAUCCGUCCUCAGACAAAGCACGGUUACUCGCUUCGCAGGGAGUCGAGGUAGUGGCAGGAGACUUCGAUGACCCCCGAUCCCUUGAGGCGGCCUUCGUUGGAGCCACGGUGAUUUUCAGUGUGACGGAUUUCAUGCAGCCCAUGACGAGCGUGUCAAUGCGUGAGAAGGCAGCGGCAUCUGGUGCAGCGCCAGGCUUUUACAUCCGGGACUACGAAGCGCAACAGAAUCGAAACAUCAUCGACGCCGCGGCCAAGGUCAGCACGCUGGAAAGAUUCAUCUACUCGGGCCUCCCCAACGCGAACAAGUUGAGCGGGGGCAAGUACCAGCAUGUGUACUUUUACGACGGAAAAGGAGCCGCCGAGGAGUACGGAAGAACGACGUACCCGAUGCUGUGGGAGAAGACAAGCGUGCUCUAUGCCGGCUUCUUUCUGGAAAACCUUACGGGCGGUCACGGAGGUGUAUUUUGCCCUCGAUUGGACAAGGCAAGAGACUGUCUCAUCGGGUCAGGCCGGGAACCACUGACUACAUCGAUCUUCCCUUGGUACUCUGUCGUCCAAGACACGGGCACACUGGUGGCAGCCCUGAUCCGUGCCGCACCGGGCAAGAAGCUCGUCGGCGCCAAUGAAUGGCUGAGCCUGCAAGACCUCUCAAACCUCGUGGCUCAGAGCUUGGGGAAGAGGAUUGAGUUCGUGGACAGCGUACCCAAUUUAGACUUGGGCGACGCUGAACUGCAGCGAGCUCGGGAGGAGAUGAUGGGCUUCUGCAUCGAGUUUGGCCUCGACGGAGGGAAGGUUGACAAGAGCGUGGUGAAGCCGGACGAUCUGGGAGUGCCGGUGCAGCUGGAGCCGGUGAAGGAAUGGAUCGACAAGCAGGAUUGGGAGAAGAUUCUGUUGACUGCGUAA